CUCAGGUAACAGUGAAGUGGAAUGGCACGAUCGUAGCAGACGGUCAAAAGCUGCGAGUCCCAAUUAAAAUUUCAAAAUAUGGACCAAACAAAAUUGAAGAAGAUUUUUUUUGUUCGGGGUCAAGUCAAAUCUACAAAAUUGAGUUCUCAUGCCUCAUACCAGGAAACAUAUUUCCGACGGCUGAUACCGUAUAUAGCUCCAGUGCUAGAUUCACAUUUACCACAUAUGUGGUGAAUAAAUGGAUUGAUUGUAAAUGUAAGGCUUCUUAUGGCGUACUUGGAACAGGAAGAAGUGAAACAUCAUCUUUCCAGUUGAGCUCACAAGGUAAAUUAAAUAUUUAAAAGCAGAUUUUUUUUUUUUUGGAGAUGUCUUCUAACUGUUUACUGGUGAAAUGCAAACUGAUAAAAAUCCCUUCACAAAUUUAUCACAAAGAAUGUAAUCCUGACGAUAAAUUUGUUGGCCAAUAUCAUUUAUUUGCAGAUAUUUUGAGCGUAUAUGUUUUUUUAUAUUUUUUAUUAUUUAUUUUUAUUUGAUAAGUGAUAGCUUGCAACAUAUUGAUUUCUUAAACUAACAAGAUCAUUUAUAUAGCCCUCAAAAUUUCUCACAUAUUUAUAAUAGCUGACAUCAAGAAGGGACCGAUGGGAAUGUCGAUGGCUCUAUUGGGAUCUGUCUUGACCACAGUUCUUGUUGCACAGCCCCUUGGACACAUGACCUGGUGUUAGACGACAUUUUUUACUGUGAUUAGAUUAAAUAUUUUCCAUGAUAUUUUCAUAGAUUUAAUUUCAUCCUCGACUGAUUUUAACAUAGAUAUUCUAUUUUUAUUUGGUAUAAUAGGGUUUGUUAUUUAAUGGUGGAAAUCUAUAGAACAUCCGGGCAUUCAGUCUGGCCAAUCUUAUUAAGAUUUUAAUCAAACAUCCUGGUAUUCCGUUUGGCCAGUCUCUCAACAGCUGUUCGGUACUUCUACGCUAAUGUGAGCCAGCAUAGUGGGUCUUAACCCGGACGAACACUUGUUUACCAAUCUAUUUUAGGAAAAAUUUUGCAAACAAAUUUAAACCGCUUAAUACAUGCGGAAAAAACAUUGUUAAAAGCUAUGUUUUUAGAAAACAUUUAGUCUUAAAAAAGUAUCAUGACGUAAGCGAUGUGACGUUUUCCAUUCUUGACAAAUGACAAACACUUUUUUUAUUGGCGAUUGAUGACUCCAGCGUAUUUUUAUACAUUCAAGACAUUACCUCUUUGACAUUUAGUAAACAUAAAAUAAAUCAAAGACGACGUGAAGCAGUAAAAAAUAUAUAUUUAAACGAAUAGCGUUCCUUUUUUUUUUUUUUUGGUUUAAAAUAAUGACAAAUAAAUCAAGUAAAUAUUAAAUGAUAAAGAAAGUUCAACAAGACAAUAAAGCAAUAAAGCCGAAAUGAAAAUAAAUGCAAAGAAAUCUGGCUGAUGAAAAAAGAAACUAAGUACAAUUUGAGUGGAUGCAAAAAGAAAAAAAAAAGUAAAAAUAUAUAUUUAAACAAAUAGAUUUUCUUUUUUUUUUUUUUUGGUUUAAAAUAAUGACAAAUAAAUCAAGUAAAUAUUAAAUGAUAAAGAAAGUUCAACAAGACAAUAAAGCAAUAAAGCCGAAAUGAAAAUAAAUGCUAAGAAAUCUGGCUGAUGAAAAAAGAAACUAAGUACAAUUUGAGUGGAUGCAAACAGAAAAAAAAAAGUUGUGGAUUUUAGUCAUAUAAUGUAAUGAUGUUGGCUAGUGAGAGGGGAUGUUAAAAUAUAUCUUUUAAGUGAAGAAAAAAACCUAGAAAAAUUUCAUUAGCAGCAUCUGUCAUGAGUGUCUUUGGAAUACAGAAUAAUAAAAAAAAAUCUUGCAAUAAUAAAAGAUUAAAUUCAAUUAUU